UACUAUGUAUUCAGAAAAUAUUACAUAAGAGACGCGCAAGGGUUGCCUGCGCACUGCAGAAAUGAUCUCAGUAAAAGUAAACGAAGAUGUUUCCUUAUUGUCGUCAUUUUGCUCUUUCUGUCGUACCCAAGCGUAUGCAGCGUUGUUAUCACUCUGUUGCCAACUGGGUGUAAGCUGUUUUACAUGGAUGAGGAUAAAGAACUCAACAUCACCUUGCUGAGGUAUGAUUACGCAAUAGACUGUGAGAGCCCAGAACACAAUGUUUACAACUAUGCCGCCCAAACAGCUGUGGUGUACGUUGUGGGUUUCCCGCUCGCAUUGCUCAUUCUUCUGUGGUAUAGCAAAAGAAAGACCACCAAUGGAGAAGAUCAAGCAUCCGUUUCGAGUCAGGGUUCAGAUCAAGUGUUGCCCGGUACCUCCAAUGAUGGGAUAGAGGAUACAGAAGCACCCGUGUCGAGUCAGAAUUCGGGUCAAGUACUGCUUGUUGUCACCCAUGAUAGGACAGAUGACUUUAAUAACCUUGUCACAGAGUCAGAUGCGACUGUAUUUCAUGACACCUCAGAGCCAGAUGCAAAAAUUAGCUGGCAGAGUUUUCUGUGUGAAAACUACAAAGCCGAGUUCUGGUACUGGGAGAUCAUUGAACUUACCCGUAAGAUCCUGCAGACGCUCUUCAUACUGCUGUUCGGACCCGAGGACCACUUCACGCUCUUCAUGUCUGUCUUCUUGUCUGUCUUCUUUCUGCUCAUCCACGCCUACCUGAAACCAAUGAAGGAUGCAGCUGAACAGCGGCUUCAGAUGUGCUCGCUUGGUAUCAUCUUCAUAAACAUGCUGGCGGCGUCCUUGCUCAUCAUGCCAAAUGACGAUGGGCCAAUUGUAGAUGAUAGAAAGGGAAUUCUUUCAACUGCGUUAGUUCUUCUUAAUCUCAGCAUUAUUGUUUUCGUUGCAAUAAGCUCCGUCUGGACUGGCAUCAAGACACUUUCGAGACAUGGAUGCUUUGCUUGUAUAAGAAAUUCAUCGGUGCAGAUGUAUAGAUGGUGCCGAAGACGCUACAAGAGAGAGCAAGAUGGCUAUCUGGACGACCAACACUUUUCACUUUUUGACGAACAGGAUGAGCAGACCAAUGAAGGCCAAGACGCUUCAUCAGUGGUUCCAGUGACUUAUUAACUAUUCUUGGCCUGACAGUGAAGUUAGAAGCUAAAAUGAAUAUAAUUUUAGAUGCUGGGCUGCCGGACCAGUUUAUUGGGUAGUGAAUAACACUGUAAUAUAUUGCUAUAUUUAGUUAGUUGUUUCAAAAGAAGGCUGAUGCAAGAUCUUAAACAAAAAUCAUAGCAAAAUGGAUGUUUUGUUCGAGGCUGAUGAUUUAAUAGGGCAAGUCGUAUUUUGUAUUAAAAACCAGGUUUGGAUUACAUUUUUGUUCAGACACUUUGUGUGGUAUUUAGGGGCGUUUUAAUUUUUUGUUAUACUUUGUAGUUGCCCUUUUUUGGCAAUCUAAAAGUAAAACGGACAUGCUUUCUUUAAAACACAGAGAAGGCAAAACCUUCUAUCAUCGCUAUAACGAAAUGAAAACUAUUUCAAACUCCCUCAACUCUUGACACGUAAUUCAUGUUAUUCAAAAUAUUUAAAAUGUAUACCCAAUUCCAUUUAAAAACACUGGACACUAAUGGUAACUGUCAAGACCAG